AUGCUAAAGUCAAAGCUAAAGCUAAGCCUAUCCCUACGCCCAAGACUACAACUGAAAUUAGGUAAAGCCUACAUAUGUAUAAGUUUAUAUCAAAGUGUAAGUAUAAGGCUAUGGCUAUAGCUAUGGCUAUGGCGGGUUUAAGCUCAGGCUCAGACUAAGGCUUAGGCUCAGGCUCAUGCUCAUGCUCAUGCUCAUGCUCAUGCUCAUGCUCAUGCUCAUGCUCAUGCUCAUGCUCAUGCUCAUGCUCAUGCUCAUGCUCAUGCUCAUGCUCAUGCUCAUGCUCAUGUUCAUGCUCAUGCUCAUGCUCAUGCGCAGGCUCAUGCUAAUACUCGUGCUCAUGCUCAUGCGCAGGCUCAUGCUAAUACUCGUGCUCAUUCUCAUACUAAGAGCUAA